AUGACAAGAGAAUGUGUUGUGCUUCCAUUGAUAAAUGAUGGACCAUGUUAUCAGAAUGAUGUGGAGGAAUGCGAAGGUGAUAAUUGUGAUGGGUUCGGUUACAGUCCUUCGACAAAUGAGUACAAGGUUAUUAGAAUUUACAAGGAUGAGGUCUACGUGUACACCCUUGGUGAUGGCAAGAGGUGGAGAAACAUUGGAAUUAAAGAAAGCAAAUCUGGAAUAGGGAAGUAUAUACAUAGCGCUUAUAACAAUUUGGACAAAGAUCGGAAUUUAGUGUCGUUUGAUUUAGAAGAUGAGAAAUUUGGAGUGCUCCUAUCACCACCUUGUUUCCGUGAUUGGAAGGAUUAUUACUAUAAACUAAGGGAAAUUGGAGAACGUUUGAGUAUAUUCCAUGAAAACCAUGAUGUCUAUGAUAUAUGGUUACUGAAGAAGAAGAAGAAUGAGAAAGGCUACCAGUCAUGGACUUGGAUAAAAGAAUAUACUCUUAAUGAUGACCGUGAUGCCUCGCAGAAGAAGUUCAACUACGGAAUACCCAACCCAUUUGCAAUCACCAAGGAUCGUGAAGUUCUAUUUAACGAUGAUAGAUUUUUCUAUCGCCAUGACCUGAAAACUAGUACAUCGUACCCUCUUGUGGGUUUAAAAAUGUGCAUUCCUUGGUCUAUUUAUAGAACAGUACAUCACGUAAACAGCUUUGUAUCAUUGAAGGCGUUGGGAGAAAGAGAUACAACAACGACGAUCCAAAAUAUUGUAGUGGACAAGAGUUUAUCUCCUGAGCUAACAUACAACAUAGAGGAGGAAGAGAAGACCACCAUUUGCUCAGAGAAAACAAGAGAAAGAACCGAUGAGCUCGAUUGGUUCUUUUAG